AUUUUUAAGAAGUGGCCCAUGUUUGUCUGAUGUUUUGAUGGACUGGUUUGUCUGAACACAACUCAGCUGGACUUAGAGCAGAGUAGGACUUUGGUCUGAACGUUCCUGAACAAGUUCUGGACCUUUUCAUUUUUUGAACGUAAAAGUUUGAAGACAUUCGAUCUGCUUUGUUGAAAAUGGACAGUGGAUCUUCUGGUGCUGGGAAUCAGCUUCUCCAUGUGGACAUCCGUAUUGAUGAGCAUGAACCUUGCAGAGGAAUCCUGGACCUUCUCAGCAGACUCCGUCCUCACUGGAAGGCACAGGACAUUCAGAUGAAGACAUUCACAGAGGGCAUCACCAACCAGCUGAUCGGCUGCUUCGUGGGCUCUCUUCAGGAGCCUGGCUGCGUUCUGGUGCGACUGUACGGCAGAAUGACAGAGCUCUACGUGAACCGGGACCGGGAGGUGGAGAUGCUUCAGGUCUUCUACGCCCACGGCUGUGGUCCGCAGAUCUACUGCAGCUUCCAGAAUGGCAUCUGCUACGAGUUUGUCAGAGGAGCCGUGCUGGAUGAUGAGCUGCUCCGGCAACCCUCCAUCUACAGAUUGAUUGCAGCGGAGAUGGGGAGAAUCCACUCAAUCCCGCCAAAAUGUGGUCUGUCUGUCGAACCUCUACUCUGGACAAAAAUGUCCCACUUUCUCACGCUGGUGCAGAGCAGUAUCAGCGGCAGCCCAGCUGAGCAGCGCUGCACCAAAAGUUCUGUGGCUCUACGCGAGGUGCCCAGCUUUGAAACUUUGUCGGCGGAAAUGGAGUCAUUGAAGAGACACCUCUCACAGACUGAAUCGCCAACUGUCCUCUGCCACAACGACCUUCUGACAAAAAACAUAAUAUACAACCACAAAGAGGGAACGGUGAAAUUCAUUGACUACGAGUACGCCGAUUACAACUACCAGGCCUUCGAUAUUGGCAAUCACUUCAACGAAUUUGCUGGUGUGAAUGACGUGAACUACAGCCUCUAUCCGAGCCGGGAGCUGCAGAGGGACUGGCUGACCGCCUAUCUGGAGAGUUACAAGCACAGCACAGGACGUGAGGUCACCGUUACAGAGGCAGAAGUUACGCAGCUGUACGUUCAAGUCUGCAAAUUCUCACUGCACCCAGAAAAAGAAACUCCUCAAAAAAACCCCAAGCCGAUCCACAGCUGACCCGCCGCUGCUCAGAGUUUGAUGGACUCCAUCUGAGUUGAUUAGAAAUUGCCGGAGGGAAAAAUGAAAGACAGCUGCCAAAAUUAUUCCUCUUAUGACCACAAUUUUCAUUCUUUGGUGGCUCAAGUGGUGGUGGGCUAUCUGUCUAAAAGUGCUUUCAUAGCUCAGCACAAUAUGUGGAAUUGUCUGAACAAUUUUGGGGUGGUGUGAAUGUCUCUUGAAAUAGCCCAGAAAUGAUGAGGAAGCAUAUUACUUUUUAAAAUAACUUGUGCCUCGGCCAAAACAGAGCGGGAGAAGUGAGAGAGGAGGAAAGAAAUACGGCCUGGAAUGGAGUGAGGGAAGUGAUAACAUCAUGUUGAUUGAAAUCAGAUUUUCUUUGACAAACUGAGGAGGACUUGAGGGAAGUAGGAGAAACUGAUCACUGACGCCUAACAAGCCAAGUUUCCAGCUCGACCCGUUAUGACAAGCUGUGUGUCAAAAUGAGGGAUACUGAGCUUGUUAAUUGAGAAAAUCACAGGGUCUAUUUUUUAUCAUUUCAAGGCAGCGAGCUGGAACUUUUCUGUUUUUUAAAAAUAUUGACAUAUAACAGCCCACUAAAUGUUGAGUUUAUUUACAGUUAUUCACUUAAUAAACUUUUGUCCUUAAUACAUUUCAUUACUUACUACCAAAUAUACCAAAUAUCCAAGGUCCCCUUUAAUGUUUCUCUUCUUAUGAAAUAUUACGAUGAGCUGCCAACAGUUUUGGUAAUCGAUCAAUUUUUAAUGUCAUUUUGAGCUAAAAUGCCCAAAAAAUACUUGUGAAAUGAAAUACUGGUUUUUCUAUGAUAGUAAAUGAAAAGUCUAGGUUUCUGACAGUUUGAGGAAAACAAGCAAUGUCGAGACGUCACGAUGGGCUCUGAGAACCUGAAGGAAAUCUCGUCAUUAUUUUCUGACAUCGACAUGGAUCAAACAAUUACCAAAGUAAAUUGUCAGACUAAUUGCUACUGAAACUAGGAAAUUGCUAACGAUGAUCCCUUUUUCAUCAGAAGUGGCACAAUGAAAGUGGUGGCCACACAAUUUUGGACCAUUCACUUGCUCCAUACAGAUCUCACCG